AUGGCGGAAGUGCAAGCUCAACCAACCCCCAACCUUAGCGUUGGUACGACCGAGAAGGAGGUCUUCAUUACGAAGCUUGAUGGAUUAUUAGAGCAAUAUCUAAAUACUCUAGAUCAGUACCAGAGGGCGCAGCAAAAGCUGACAUCCUCUCUCUCUUCGGGCUUUUUCUCUCUCGCCCAGGCCAAUUUCAAUAACCGCUCCCACUCUCGCUAUGGCCAAGACUACUACGAUGAACGAAUGCAAGCAACUAGGAGAAUCACCGUGACCGCUGAAGGGACCCAUGUUGCAUUCGCGUGUUCCGCCCCCAAUUCCUCCCCCAGUCCGGCAGAAUCAGUUACUGAUGCUUCGGCUGACGGUGAGGCUCCGUUGGAGAAGACAUCAGAAAGUCCUUUGGCUGCAUCAGCCACUGCAUCUACACUGCCACCGGGCGUAAACAAAGCGUCUUAUGGCGACACCGAUACGCGUACAGAUCCCCUUCACUGGUUUGGAAUUCUCGUGCCCCCUGCAUUACGCUCCACACAGUCAUCAUUCAUCUCUGCAGUUGAGGGGCCUAUUCCCCAAGUAGUUACUUUGAUGAAAGAGCUGAGGAAACAAGAAGUUGAGAUCGCUCGGCUUCGGAAGCAGAUCAAGAAGCUGUAGCAGCACUCGUUCGAAGCCCUGAGGUUGAUUAACUUCCUGAUCACUCUAGUCCUAGAGCAACUGAGCCUAAUGGCCACGGCGCGCCUUUUUUAAUUAUGCACGAAUGUGGCCUUGUAUGAGGAUUGAAGCAUUGGGCCAGACAUACAUGCACCGCCACGAAGGAUUUUGUGAGGCUGCACAAGAAAUUCCCCGGCUUUUCGUUUAGUGGGAUCCUCUGAUUAUAUCUCAACCAGCACUGAGUUGUACCUGCAGCAUUUCCGCCCCUCAGCCUCCACAAUUACAGGCUCAACUGUUU